AUGACCUGUUUGAUAAAACCCACGAGCACUGGCAUUGUGAUGACAAAACCUCAGUGGUUUCAAUUCCUACUGAAUAAGUUUUCAACCUUCGUACUGAAAGAGGUUCACAGCCCUAAGGUCUCAGCCAAGGGCGAAUUAAUUUUGAAACUGGUUUUGAACCCCUCAUUCCGCACCCCUCAUCCCGCACCCUCAUCACGCACCCGCACCCUUCAUCUCGCACUCCUCAUCUCGCACCCCGCACCCCUCAUCACGCACCUCUCAUCUCGCACCCCUCAUCCUUCAUUCCGCACCCCGCACCCCUCAUCACGCACCUCUCAUCUCGCACCCCUCAUCCCUCAUUCCGCACCCCGCACCCUCAUCACGCACCCGCACCCUUCAUCUCGCACUCCUCAUCUCGCACCCCGCACCCCUCAUCACGCACCUCUCAUCUCGCACCCCUCAUCCCUCAUUCCGCACCCCGCACCAUGCACCACGCACUAUGCAUCCCUCAUCCCGCACCUCGCACCCCGCACCAUGCACCCCGCACCAUGCACCCCUCAUCCCGCACCUCGCACCCCGCACCCUCAUCACGCACCCGCAUCCUUCAUCUCGCACUCCUCAUCUCGCACCAUGCACCCCUCAUCACGCACCUCUCAUCUCGCACCCCUCAUCCCUCAUUCCGCACCCCGCACCAUGCACCACGCACUAUGCAUCCCUCAUCCCGCACCUCGCACCCCGCACCAUGCACCCCGCACCAUGCACCCCUCAUCCCGCACCUCGCACCCCGCACCAUGCACUCCGCACAAUGCACCCCUCAUCCCGCACCUCGCAUCCCGCACCAUGCACCCCUCAUCACGCAACCCUCAUCACGCACCUCGCACCCCUCACCAUGCACCCCUCACCCAGCACCCCUCAUCCGUCACCCCGCACCAUGCACCACCGCUCGACACGCAGAAAACAAUCUCGCAUUCCACUUCCCGCACCACACAUCACACCACACAUCGCAUAUCACACAUCACACAUCCUGCAUCUUAA